UCGCGUGUUUUUUUCGCAGGCGGAGCUUCGUCCUCGCGAACCAUUGGAAUUCACCGUCUGUUUUCACGGGAUCGCGGGAGCACCGGGGUGAGGAGAAGCAGCGAGCCAGCGCCGCGAGCGGGCACAUGCGAACCGGAGUGCUCACCAACGAGAUUCCAGCUGUUGUGCCCAUACACACGCAAUCACACGCACGGACUCACCACACUCACACAGACAUACACACACACACAUACACACACACACACACACACACACAUACACACACACACACCUUCACUCACACAAUCACACAUAUACCAUUCACAGACACGUAGAACAAGCACAUUUAUUCAUAAUGUGGCAACCUGCGACAGAGCGACUACAGCACUUCCAGACAAUGUUGAAGACAAAGCUUAACGUGCUAACACUCCGGAAAGAUCCGUUGCCGACAGUGAUCUACCACGAGCCAGAGGCCAUCGAGUUAUGUUCCACAGCGCCACACCUGAAGAACCGCAACCACACAGGGUACAAGGUGACGUAUCUGGGCAAGGUGACAAUCUCCGGCACACAGUUCCUCUCUGGGUGUACGGAGUCAGCAGUGGUGGGUCUCUGCGCUGGCAAGCAUUCGGGCGUCACCAACGGCAACGGCAACAGCAACACCAACGGAGACAACGGUAACGGCAGCAUCGCCCCCGGCAGCAGCGCCAUGCUGGAGAUCCGCCCCUUCCAGGUGCGGAUGCACCAGCUGGACGGGAAGGGGGGCGACCCCUCGGUCGCCAUGGACACCUACCAGGUGGCGCGCAUCGCCUACUGCACGGCGGACCACCAGUCCAACCCGCACGUGUUCGCCUGGAUCUACCGGCAGAUCAACGACGACCUCACCUUCCAGAUGGACUGCCACGCCGUGGAGUGCCAGAGCAAGCUGGAGGCCAAGAUGCUGGCGCACUCGAUGAUGGAGGCCUUCCGCAAGACCUUCCGCAGCAUGAACAGCGAUGGGCGCCUGCACAAGAGCGGCUCGGCCUCGGGCUCGGCCUCCGAUGACCAGCCCGAGGACUCCACGCCCGACGACUCCACGCCCGAUGACGGCUGAGGAGAACUUGGCAUGGGGUGUGGUGUACUCACCCAUGACCUGCCUAUCUAUACCUAUCUCUCUCUCUCUAUCUCUCUCUCUUUCUCUCUCUCUUUCUGUCUCUAUAUCUUUACUCUCUCUCUUUCUCUCUAUUUCUGUCCUUCACUCUCUCAUUUGUAGUUUUCCAGUUGAUUUUGAUUCCGUCCAUUUGACAAACUGCCAAUAUGAUCAGUGUUUCUGAAGAAAAAUUCUUAAGUUGUGGUGAGCGAGAGAGGGAGAGCAAUGAGAGAGAGGGGAAAAAUGGAAUGAGUGUAGAAAAGUGAAGUGGAAGAAUGUUCUCUUCUUUUCUCUGUCCAGAAUUGUGUCUUUCACUUGCUACAGUGUCAGCGUGGAAUGUUUUUUUUUUUUUUUUUAAAGGACAUGAGAGACUGACCAACACAGUCAUGUGUGCCUCAUGGUGUGAGGAAGGUGGUGUAGUGUGAGAAGGGAGAGUAAACACAAAUAAAUAAACAAACAAACAAACAAACAAACAAACAACAAAAAAGACACAACUCACCAGAUGACCAAACAAACCCCAGAAGCAGAUGUCUGCUGGCAAAACGGCCACCUCCUGGCACACUCCUUAAUACUGUGUGUGUGUGUGUGUGUGUGUGUGUGUGUGUGUGUGUGUGACCUGCCCAUAAACUCAAACUCUCCUCCCAUGUAUGUUAUAUCUGAUGUUAUACAUUCCUGGUGAGGUCAAUCUUGGGGUAGGAGACUUUAGGAGAAAUCUGCCUUCUGUAAUAUCAUUUGAUCAUUCAGAAUUGUGUGUGUGCUUGUGUGUAUGUGUGUGUGUGUGUGUGUGUGUGUGUGUGUGUGUGUGUGUGUGUGUGUGUGUGUGUGUGUACAUACAUGCGUGCAUGCGUAUGUAUGAUUAUGUAAGGGGCCCAAAAGACUAUGUGACCAAAUACCAUAAAUGCGUGUGCAUUUGUGGCUGUGACUAUGAGUGCUAUUGUAUGCCACCACAAUCUAAAAGGCUUAUUCACUUAUUCAGUGCAUUCCAGGGUUCUUGAUUGCACCCCGCAUUUAGGAGUGCAAGCAAUGCAAGGAAAGCCUGUGUCAUACACAGUAGCUAUUCAGGCUCUUUACAUACAGUAGAUAUUUACAAAGACGUAGCCUGGUGUGGUCUGAUUUUUCGGUUAGAAUGACUAUUGAGUAAGUAUAAACAAGAAGGAGUGCUUUAGAUUCAUGUCUUUAAUCAACUGGAAGCUAGUAUUUGGAUCUAACUAUAGUAAUCCAAUACACAGAUUCCUUUGUCUUUGUUAGAAUUCGUGCAGCACAUACAGUGUCUGUCUUAUGGUCUUUUGAGAGCACCAGCAAAAAGAUUGUUGCAGUAGACCACAUCGCUCAUGAAAAAAAUGGCUUAAGCCUUUCUAAGUCUUGAUUAGGCCUGUAAUCUAGAUCUGGGAUAAACUAAUUCAGCCAUUGCUUCAAUGCUUGUUGUAACUAAAGAUAAAAUAUUACUUUUUUUUCUGCUGAAAAUAUUUUAUUUUAUUUUUUAAGGCUUGUACCCAUAGAGUCAAAGUGAUCUUUAGUAAUUCUCUGUUGCUGCCAUGUAAAAUUGUCACUUUUUUCCCAUUCAAAACAAAUCUGACACAUCCAGUCAUGUACCUACUCUUUUCAUUGGGUUCCUGAUAUGUGCAUGCCACAUUUGUGAAGUAUUACCGGUACAUAAGAAGCAAAAGAAUUAGGUAUGUUUUAAGUAUCCUUGCAUAACUCAUCAGGAUUUUGGUUUUAACUCAUUUGGUUUACUUCCGAGAUUUAUCCUUAGAGGUUAAAUAAUCAAGGUCCAAUAAUCGAGCCUUGGAGAACUCUGUGUGUGUCGUGGUGAUUAUCUCGAGAGUCUUUCUCUCCAAUACAGCCAAUGUAACAAUUUUCCAGGUCAAUUUCAGGAACAAGUCAUAUAUUUACGGCCACUUACACACAAUGAAUCUUACUAGUCAUACCAUCGAAUAGUAGUACCUAGUACCGUACCAUAAUAGUACCAUACCAUCUGUGUGUGAUGGGAGAAAGCAUCUAAAGUAGGAUCCAGGAUUAGGACCAAUCUACCCAACCUACCCAACUUUCCCCCCCACCACCACCCGUGUCUUUUCUCCUUAUUCUCUCUCACACACACAUAUACACACACACUCACUUACUCACUCAUAAAAAGCUUAUUCGGCCCCUGAUAUUACAAAAGCUAAGGAUUAUGGUCGGUUUAAAGUGACACUUACACACACACACACACACACCCUCUUACAUACACACAAACACACACACACACCCAUACAGUACAUACACACACACUCACACACACCCUUACAUACACACCCUUACAUACACACACACACACAAACACAUUCACUCUCUCUCUCUUUCUCUCUUACAUACUCUGUCACGUUCUUAUCAUACUCAAUCUACACAUAUCCUCUGCUGAAUGUAUGACAUGUCCAAGCGUGCUGCAACCUUCAGUAGAUACGUAUGAAAUGGUGUUAUUUUGUAAUCUGUAUUGUAUGUUUCUUUUUCAUCAUAACUGCAGGUUAGGCAGAAUUGUGGGUGCGUGUGUGUGUGUGUGCGUGUGCGUGUGUGUGUGAGUACUGUUCCAGCAUAGUCAGCUAUCUCAAUGACACCUUGUGCCAGUUCAACAUGAGAAAAUGUCAGUCUGUGUUGCCUUUGUCUCUGUGAGGCUAUGCAUGCAACACACAUGCAUGUUCACAUCACACACACACACACACACACACACACACACACACACACACACACACACACACACACACACACAUACACAGUUACACAUGUUCACACACACACACACAUACACAGUUACACAUGUUCACACACACACACACACACACACGCACACGCACACACACACAAACUCACAAAAAGCUGUAUUACUCGCUGUUAUUUGGGAAUCUAAGGAUUAUGGUUGGUUUAAGAUGACUUAAGUCUACCACCAGUUCAACAAAGCUUGUAUUGUGUCAAUAUCCUGGAGUUUGAAUAUGGGAAAACUGAACCAAAAAGUUUCCCCUGAGAUGACGAGUACCUUGGACAGCAGCAACAUGCACACUCAAGCAUAUAUGACUAUGAAUAUAUAUAGAUAUAAAUAUAUAUAAAAAAUAUAUAUAUAUUUACGUGUAUUUGAAAAUUCAUUCAAUAAGCUCAUGUAAAAACAAGAAUCGAUCUGUCUCCAAAAAUCACAGUUAUACUUGGGCUUGAUUAGUCUCACGUAGCCAGAUAAGGAUUAUAACACAUGACUGAAGGCAAGCAUAGCGAAAUGUUGGCUAGAUAGAGGCGGUAACAAUCACAGCUUUAAGGAUGCUAAACCAAUCAAAACGCUUUGUUAAGGUAGAGCUUGAUGAAGGAGACAAACCUAUUGGUUAUAAAUAUGAAGUCAUGCUGUAUGAGUAUGAGGUCUUAAGGGCCCCUCACACCAGGAACGAUAACUGUAACUAUAACGACAUGAGCGCCCACACUGCCCAACGAUAGGAAAAGUCUCUCUUCGUGUUGAUGAAUGUGAUGUGUGAUUCUGAUUCUGAUUUUCUAUCAGCUUUUUAGCAUUCACAAGAUCGCUCUGAAAGUGAUCCCCAACAAUAUCGUUCUGUCAUUCAUAUUAGCUAGAGUGAUACUUUUUUGUCGUUAUCGCUCUCGGUGUGAAGAGCCCUGUAGAUUGAAAAAGUGUACGGACACUGACAGCCUUGUUAGAGAUCAUUUAAAACUCAUUUCUGGCUCACAUUUUCAACAAGUGUCUCCAGCUUGAGACCUUAUACCUGGCUCUGUGAGACUAGAAUAUGAGUAACACAAAAACAUAUGUUUUAGUAACAGAAAUGUCAACUAUUCAAAAAGUAUUUUAUUGCCAACUGUGAAUAUGUAGAAAGCGAUUUUGAGGAGCUGGAGGCUUUGGAGAUGAAGCCUUGGCUGUGUGUGCAUGUGUGUGUGUUUGUGCAUGCGUGUGUGUGUGUGUGUGUGUGUGUGUGUGUGUGUGUGUGUGUAUGGUGAGUGGGUGCAGGGGUUGAUGUACGGAAAGAGACUGUUUUAUUUGUGGAUUUGUUUGUGUUUUUGUUUUGUAAAGCUGUACACAUGUUGUCAUAAUCUCGCCCGUCUCCAUGCUCUGAUGCGCUUUAAACAAAAACUGUCUCCGUCAUGUGUUUUCUAUAUAAUAUUUGCAAAGAUAAAGACAAAAUCAUAUAAAGUAUUUACCAAUC